GAUAUCUCUAAAAUAAUUUCAUUGUUUUAGUGUUUAAGUGGAAGCUGCAUUGGAUAGCUGCUUUUCCCGUGAUUUCUGUUUGGAGUAAUGUCAUUAUAUCAGCUUAUUCUAGCAUGUAGCAUCUUGGGAGUUGGAGUAUUUCCAAUAGGACAAUUUAAUCCGUUUCCUCCUGGUUUUAAUCAGUUUCCUCCAGGUUUUAACCCAUUUCAAUCACCAGGAUUUUUCAACCCAGCUGCAAAAGCAGUUCAAGGAUUUUUCAACCCACCUGCAGCUGCCGCACCUCAAGGAUUUUUCAAUCCAGCUGCAAAAGCAGUUCAAGGAUUUUUCAACCCAACUGCAGCUGCCGCACCUCAAGUUUUUCAUUACCAUCAAACAUUUUACCCAGAUGGACAUGGCGGGUACUACGAAGCUCAACCACAGGCACCUAGCUCAGCAAUGAAAAAUCUAAGAAUGUAUGCAAACAUUCUUAAAUCCUUGCUACCACGAAAUUUUUCUACUUUGAAUGACAAGGCUAACACCCCUGAGGCUCCUGGUAGUCCUUUCCCUUUCAUGGACCUUCCUGACACUCCUGGGAAUAACUAGAAAAAAGAAAAUUACUUUCCAAGUUCCAUGCUUACAACUGAGAGAGGUUCAAUCAGGAACAAUUAAUCAAUGUCUUUAUGAAUAGUUAAACAUCUUUUUCAAUAAUGUUUAUUAUUUUAAAAUGACAUUAAAGUAAUAUAUGUAUUAAAA